ACCACCACCACUACAGCUACCAGCAAUCCUUCUCUUUUCUUCUUCCGUCAUUCAUUUUUUACUUUAGAGCCGCACUUGUCUUUCCUUGCCUUAUUACUAUCUGCAAAACUACCACCCAUUGCGUCUUGUUGCAGUCUCCUUUGUUUCCCCCGGAAUUCAGCCCUCCGCACGCCCGACCGAAACCGGAACCCCGAACAACCCUCAACCUCCAACACAAUCACCAACUGCUGCGACCACUACACCGCGAAUCAAUGCCGGCCACGUCACGGUUGACGUUUCUAUAUCCGCAGCUGCUGCGCUCGACGCGGGCGGCUGCGCAGGCUGUCCCGCAGCAGUGGGCGUCUGUAGAGAGCAGAGCUGCAGCCAGCAGAAAGAGCCAUUUGCACAGCGCCAGAGCGAAAAGCACCUUUGCGCCGCGAGUGGGCAAGGCUGUUGCACCGGAUACAUGGGAGAAGCAGGAUCCUAUUGAGCUUCCGGCGCCUGGCGAGGAGCCUGUUGCAGAGGUGAAGCAAGCACCAGCCGACACUAUACCAGAGCCUGCCACCAAUGAGGCGACCUCACAAACACCAGUCGAAGAGGUUGCCGCCGCCGCCGCAGCACAGUCAACUACAGAAUCGGCGACGAUAAACAAACCAGACGAACCGGUCAAGGCUGAGGAAACAGGGUCAGAGGAGCCCGGCGCGCGACAGACUCGUGAAGAGACCAAGGCGGGCAGCCCGCUGGAGGCAGUUAUGCAUAUGGAGCCGCCAGAGGACACUGGCUUGCAUAUUCCCGCCAUGUCUCCGCCUCCAUAUGUUCACCACUUUGACAGCUACUCGUUGGUCAAGCAUCUCGAAGAGGGCGGCUUCACACGGAAGCAGGCGGUUACGUCGAUGAAGGCAAUUCGCAACCUGCUCGCGGUCAAUCUCGAUGUGGCGCUGAAGAGCUUGGUGAGCAAGAAUGAUAUUGAAAAUGAAACAUAUCUUUUCGCAGCGGCGUGCUCGGAGCUCAACACAGAAGUCAAGAACAACCAGCGAAUACAGGAGGAGCGUAUGCGCCAAGAGCGAACGCAUGUCCAGCACGAAGUCGAAGUUCUGAACCAGAGCCUGGCCGCCGAGCUCGUGACGCUUAACGAUAACGUCCGCGGCAUGUUUAACGACCGGAAGAUGGCUGCGCGAGAAGAACAAAAAGCCAUCGACAGUGCCAUUCAAAAGCUCAACUACAAGAUCAGCAUCAUGCUCACAAGCGAUGCCAAGUCCGAGAUUGAAGGCGUUCGCUGGGUGCUUAUUCAGCGAUCAGUACUGGGUAUUGUCUUCCUGGUGCUCAUCACGCUUGCCGCCCUGCGCUACACCACUGUCGUCAAGCACCAGCGCAAACAAGAAGCCGAGGAGCAGAAGAAGAAGGAAGACGAAGCCAAGGCGGCCAUUGGGCGCCAGGACAACACUGCAGCCCCCGAUGCCGCUGAAAUCCUGGCCGCCAACUAAGCAGUACAGCCUGCCAUUAGAUACCCCUCCACCACGACAGUACGCACAAAUAGCAUAUAGACCGUGAAAUAAUUAAAAUCCCUGUUCGUAAUAACAAUUUCCAAUCCU